AAGACUGUCAUAUUCAUUGACAGUUUGUGCUUGAGCAUGGCUGGUUGAGUUGCGCACGUUGUUUUUAUUUUUAUAACCUUUCAUAAAUAAUAAUUUCAGCGGUUUAAUAAGUUAUUCUCUAAAAUGGUGAAGCGGAAUGCAAAGACGUCCGUUUCUGAAGAGGAGGGAGAGGCUCCAGUGGUUAAUGAGAACGGGAAGCGGGCUGGUGAGGAUCAAAACAAAGAUGGGGCUAAGCGCAUCCGAACGAAGAGUUUGUAUCGCCAGCCAACAGUGAACGAGUUAAACAGGCUGCAGGAGACCGAGAACUUAUUCAACUCUAAUUUAUUCCGUCUACAAAUCGAUGAAAUCAUCCAGGAAGUCAAAGUCAAAGAGAAAACUGAGAAAAAGUUCCUCCAGUUCUUUAAUGAAUUAAAAACUUAUUUGUUGUCUAUAUCUGAAGAUGGAACGGAGUACGAUUUGUCGGAACAAGCCAUCUGCAAGAAAUUAAAAGUGAAACUGCCUAUAAGUGAAAGGUUGAGUAAAACAAAAUGCAUGUUUACUUUCCACAAAUUCUCCAAUGUUGAAAUCGUUGGGUCAUACGGUUUAGGAUGCUCAAUCAAUUCCAAAUUGAGAGUAGAUUUACAGAUAACAGUGCCUAGUGAGACAUAUACGAAGAAUGAUUCUAUAAACUAUAGAUAUCAUAAGAAAAGGGCAGCUUACUUGGCAUACAUUGCUGCUCAUUUAUCAAAAUAUGAACCAAUUGAAGAGUUACAAUAUUCAUACAUCAGCAUGUCCGAAUCAAAGCCCGUUCUAGACUUCAAACCGAAAGGCAAACUUGGCAAUCAGUUAUCAGUCCGCAUACACUUAGCAUGUGAAAGUGAUGCAUACAAACUACACAGAUUCAGUCCAGAACGCAAUAACUUGAGAGAAGCAUGGUUGUUAAAUGAGAAUACAGAUAAUAAUACCGAAGUUGGUCCACCAACUCCGUACUACAACAGCAGUGUGUUAACAGACCUAACCACAUCGGUUAAUCAAGAAUUUUUGAAUGAAAUCUUAUUAAAAAGUGAUAAUUUGAAGCAAGCAAUUACUUUGCUUAAGAUUUGGUUGCGGCAAAGAGAUCUGAAAGUCUCCGGACAUGUUGUGUCUCUGUUGGUGGCAUAUUUCGUACAGGCAAAGAGAAUAAACAAUAUUAUGAGCAGUUAUCAAAUUGUAAGAAAUAUUUGGAUAGCACUCAAAACAUCAGAACUGGACACGAAAGGCAUUUCUCUCCACAAAACGCAGGAGAAAGAUACAUGUCCCUCACUGGAAGUAUUCCACAAACACUUCCCCGUGGUGUUCAUAGAUAAGACGGGGUACUACAACAUUUGUUGGCAGAUGUGUAAGGGGACCUAUGCUGCGUUGAAGAGGGAGAGUGCCUUAGCCGUAGACAUGCUGGAUAACGGGAAGAUUAAUAGUUUCAUACCACUGUUUAUGACUCCAGUGAAGCCUUUGUUGCAGUUUGAUCAUAUAUUGAGGUUCAAAAACUUCAAUCAGAUCAAAAAGACAAUAGUUGGGAAGGCACCUAAAGAAGAAAAGGUUAACUAUGGAGUUGAGGAACUGCCUCUAGUCAUUGAUGCUGUAUACUCCCUGCUGGUGAAAGGUUUGGGCAACAGAGCCGAUCUGAUACAGCAAUUGGUUGAGGCUGACUUCUCCUGGCCUGUUAAGAAGACUUUGGAGACAGCUAGGAGUGGGUUUGAAGAAAAGCUCUCCUUUGGGUUAGUACUGAACCCAGAAAAUUCUAUGAAUGUGGUGGAGAAGGGACCACCUGCUAACUUACCUGAAGCAGAACAGUUCAGAGCGUUUUGGGGAGACAAAUCAGAGUUGCGUCGCUUCCAGGACGGGUCCAUUACCGAGACAUGUGUGUGGGAGGGAGAGACUAUGGCCGAGAGACGCACCGUCACCACACAGAUUGUAAACUAUCUCAUGAAGCUCAAGUUUGAAAUAAACCCUACCGAGCUAUACCACGUAUGUGACCAGUUAUCCAGCGUCAUAGCUCGCAAGCAGUGGUCCCGCGGCAGCAGUGUCCUGCAGGUGGAGGAGACGUCCCUCACGGUGCUGCAGACCUUCGACUCCCUGCGCCGCGACCUCAGGCAGCUCGUCGAACUGCCGCUCGAUAUCAGUGCUGUGUAUGGAGUGUCCCCAGUGUUCAGUUACACGGACCCGGUGGGCCCGGUGCCCCGCGGGCCCCCGGUCCGGCCCUGGCAGCGCGCCAGUACUUGUCUGGUGAAGGACGUGCAGAGAGACGGCCUACACACACUGCCUGACUACGUCCCUGUCUGCAAAGUUGUUAUUGAACUCGGUCACAGCGGAAAAUGGCCAGGUGACAUUCACGCAUUCAGAUGUCUAAAGGCAGCCUUCCACCUGCAACUAGCCGAGCGACUGAACAAACAAUAUGGCAACGCCUGCCAGGCAUACAACACGCAUGUCGAUGUCCUACGGGACGGGAUCACCUUCCGACUAGAGAUCUCCCACCCGAAGGAGAUCACAUUGCUGAGGAAAGAGAUUGAGAAUGGAGUCGCCAAGUUUAGAGAUACGGAGGAGAGUUUGCAGUUACAGUGUGAUACUGUGCUGUUGCCGCGACUUAGGGGAGCGUUGCAUGGUCUACACCAGAAGCACCCAUCAUUCGGUGCUACAGUCUGCCUAUUCAAGCGUUGGCUAUCGGCCCACCUACUGUCUCCCCCCCACUUCCCCGCGGUAGUGGCGGAGCUGCUAGUGUCGGCGGUGUACCUGCAGCCUGCGCCGGCGCAGCCCCCGGCCACGCCCACGCUGGGGCUGUACAGGGCGAUGCGACUGUUGGUGGACUUUGAUUGGACGAGGGACUUGUUGGUGCUGGACUUUAAUGAGGAUAUGUCGCGUGAAGAAAUAAUGGAAAUAGAAAAGAAACUCAAUGAAGUAGACAUAUCGUCCCGUCCGGCGAUGCGUAUAGUGACGUCAUACGACGGGGCCCAGGCGGGGGCCUGGAGCCGCGCGGGGCCCGACAGUAGGGUCCUGGCACGGACCAAGGCACUGGCCAGGAGUGCACUGGAUUAUAUGGACAAGAAGUUCUCGGAAUGUGCUGAUAAUGUGCUGAACAUGUUCGUCCCGUCGUACGCGGGCUACAACGUCCUCAUCCACGUGCACCGCUCGUUGGUCCCCCACUGCUGGGAGCGCGUGGACUCGGUCCCCGCACUGCGGCCGGUGGCCGAGACAUUCGCGGAGGACGUCAUACCGGCUGUGGAGUUCAACCCUGUCGACAGGUUCUUGGAGGAGUUACGGAGUGCGUACGGCGAGUUCGCGUUGUUCUUCCACGACGCGUACGGCGGCGAGGUGAUCGCAGUGCUGUGGAAACCUGACGUCUACGAGGACAAGGAGUUUCAGUUGACAAACGCAAAUGCGCUCAAGCCAGUUACGGCGAAGGGCGAGACCAAAUACAGAGUGAACAUAGAAGCCAUAGUCGAAGACUUCAGGAUACUGGGCGCCGGCCUCGUCAGAGAUAUCACUGUUAACACAUAGCUUGUAAAUAAUGUAAUAUUAUGUAGGAAUAAAUGUAUAUUUUAAGUUAAAA